UUGCUGCAUGGGGCUUGGCGGAUGUGGAAGUGGUGACGUCAUUCAAUAUUCACAACACAACUCGUCACGCGAAAGACCGUCAACAAAUUGCUCGUUCAUUGAAAAUAUAGGAUAUGGCUUCGCAUAAGGACCAGGUCCUUUAUGAGAAAGAAAGUGUAUUCAUUCACAUCAAUGUCCAAGAUUCUAAGGAUAAAGAUGCUCACAUCCAGGGGAGAGUUUUCCUCAUCAAAAAGCAUGAUGGAACAUACAUAGAGUGGAGGGCAGAGGACCUUGUGGCUGUGGAUGGUCAGUCGGACCAGGACUGGGCAGUCAUUGGGGGCAGUGUCAGCAGUGUCAGUUACAAGAAUGACCGAGAGGCAGAUUCAGUCUCCAUGAAUGCCAAGAUGGACGCCCGUCGUAAAUAUAACAUCAGUUUUGAUGUGUUGGACCUGAAAAGUUUCAAACGUAGUGCUCCAAAUCAUGGUUGGGCCUAUAUCAUCUUUAUCCUGAAGGAUGGCACAACGUACCCUGCGCUGCACUUCCACAAUGGUGGCAGCAAGGCAUUACUCCGGGAUCUGGAGCAGUUUGUACAUAUCCGCAGAUCUCCCAACGACACCCGACUUUUCAUAAUUCAGGAACAUGAUCCAGAGAUGCUCUCUAAAUCCUUCGAUGAGCUGCAUCUCUUCGCUGAUUCUCAAGGGGACCUUGUCUCGAAGUUCAUCAAAGACCCAUACACCACGACCAUGGGGGGCUUCUCGAAAGUGACCAACUUCCUGCGUGACACCCUGAUGCAGCAGGAUAACCCCAUGACACGGCCUCGUGAGGAGGUCGCAGAGCUGCUGCAGGAGGACAUUCCAGGCAUGGAGAUCAGUCACCAGGAUGAACCAGGAUUUGAGGUUGUCACAAAGACCAAACUGCCGAAGCGGCCUGAGGUAAAACGAGGUGAGCCUUUGAACCAGCAGCAAUGGACGGCUCAGAUGGAUGAUGAAGGACGCAUCAAAGACCCAGAACAUGUCAAGGACAUCAUUUUCAGAGGGGGAAUCGACCCAGUAAUUCGUGGUGAGGUGUGGAAGUUUCUUCUGGGUUUCUAUCGAUGGGAUGCAACCUUCAAACAGAGACAAGAUGAGCGCAAACGGAGAGUAGAUGACUAUUUCCGCAUGAAGCUGCAGUGGAAGACCAUCAGCUCAGAACAGGAGCGCAGAUUUGCCUUGCUGAGGGAGAGAAAAGGGCUUAUUGACAAGGAUGUGACGAGGACAGACCGGACACAGAAGUUCUUUGUGGGCGAAAACAAUCAGAAUUUGCAGGUGCUCAACGACAUCCUCAUGACCUACUGCAUGUACAACUUUGAUCUAGGCUAUGUCCAGGGCAUGAGUGACCUCCUCUCCCCCAUCCUGGUUGUCAUGGAGAAUGAAGUUGAUGCCUUCUGGUGUUUUGCAGGAUUUAUGGAGAGAGUGGCACACAAUUUUGAAAUGGACCAGAAUGGGAUGAAAGUGCAGCUGUCUCAGAUCCACAAGCUUAUGCAGGUGUAUGACCCUGAGCUGUGCAACUACUUAGAGGGACAUGAUUCCGGCAACUUCUACUUCUGUUUCCGCUGGAUACUGAUUGUCUUCAAGAGAGAGUUUCAUUUCCACGAGAUACAGAGGUUAUGGGAGGUUGUGUGGACAGAUAGGCCAUGCAAGAACUUCCACCUUCUCAUGAGUCUGGCCAUCUUGGACACAGAGAAAACAACGUUGGUGGAGAACCGCUUUGGAUUUACCGAGAUUCUCAAGCACAUCAAUGACAUCAGCUUGUCAAUUGCCCUGGAUGACACGUUACGGAAGGCGGAAGGCAUCUUCCUGCAACUGAAGGCCUACAAGAAGCUGCCACAGACUGUCAAAGAAAUUCUUGGUCUGGCAACGUCUCCCGGGCACUCGACCUCCUCGUCAUCACGAAGCACGCCAGCCAGCACCCCUAUCAACUACGAGAGCAGUCCUCGUCUGGAGCUUCGCGGACUCAAUGUUACAAAUGGUACCAGUAACUGCAGCUCGUCAGUCACGACGCCUGAUGAUAGCAGCAUUGAAAUCCUGGCUGAGACAGCUGAUGCAGGGGUGACCAACUACUACCACUAAACACUGUGAUAAAUGCCAGGUAUGGCACAAGAUGCUGGAAGCAGGCCUAUGUACAUGUGGUAAGCUGGUCACAUCCCCAACAUCCAUUCCGUAUUUCGGUCAAGUGUCAAUAAUUAUACUUCUCUCCAACAAUGUAUUCAAACCAGAAACACUUUCUGUGGAAUUGUAUGAAAAACGUGUUUCCUGCCACUCGUUUCUUAUGCAUGUCUUAACCAGGUCAUUAUGUUGGGCCGGAUGUGUUAAGCUAUUACAAAUAUGCCAUCUCAAAAUGCUUUUGUAUGUAACAUAUACUAUGGGAAGCCAAGAUGAGGGACACAUAGUGAUCGGGUAACAUUGACCAGUCUGCAGCCAUCAUAUGCCUUGAUGCUCUUCCUAGUCCUAUAUGUACGGGUUGUGUCAGAAAGAGAGAGAGAGAGAGGUGUGUUUGUAUUUCACUGUGGUUGAGUGUCCUGGAGCCUUAUUUAUUGUUACCUGGAAUACAAAAAGUGUCGGCCAUUUAAUUUGGAUUCAGAUUAUGUCAUGACGUUACCUAGAAUACAGAAAAUACAAGGACAACAUUGCCUUGCGUAACAAAAAUGUCUUGUUAUCUUGCAUACAAAGCAGGGAUACAUAGUCAUACAGCUUGUUACAGCUUGGAUAUUGAGAAAAACAUCUUUAUACCUUGGAUGCUAGAAUAUCAUGUUGUUGUCAGUGGUUAAAAAAAUGUGAGCUUGUCACCUAUGAUUAAGGGUGUACCACUUCGUGUUUGUAAAUAGACUUUUGCCGAUUGAUUAUGUUGAGAUGAUCAUGGAGGAUAUUUUAUUUCUCAAGAAUUACAUGUAGGUACAGUAGGUGUUGAUUUUCAACAUUUUCUUAUAAUUCAAAGUAUGCUCUAUUGUUUUCUUUAACCAGAUGUUAAUUUGUAUUCCGUGAUUUUUACAAUGCUUGUACAUGAUUGGAUAUGUUGACAUUUGUAUAUGUUGGAUUCCUGUGAAAGUGUAUGCCCUGAAGGUCUGGUACAACUAGUUAGUUUCUUCCUGUUGACAAUGCAUAUGGAUCUGUUGCUCAGCAAGAUGCUCCACACUACAGCUACAGAGGUGCAGUGUGCUGUGACAGGUAGCUUGUCUUCAUGUCACACUGCUUUCUGGCUUAAAUGUGAUCACAUCACACUGGUGUACAGCCAUGUGCUUCUUUCUUUUUGUGCCUUUGGUCGUGUGUUUUUUGACCAUAUGCACAUCCAUUGUCAGCAAGAACUCAGGCCAUAACAGCAAGUUUGCAGGACUCUGUUCGUCAUGCUUAUGUCCAUUUUUAAAACAGUAUUUAAUCAAAAUGUAAGAUUAAUUUAUCCAUGUUUAUGGUGAUAGUGAAUGUCUGAUCUCUUCUCUUGUGUCUGAAGAUAUUUUAUGCAGCUUGUGUGAGAAACAAGAUGAUGAAAGUGUUGAAUGAUGAGCCUGAAAGUCAAGAGUUUGUGAAUGUUGUGAGCACAAAGGGAUGUAAAUUUGCUUCAGGUAUGUUACUAAAGCUUUGAUUCAGGUGCAAUACAUUAUUGAUGCUGAUUUAACUGAUGAGAUUGCCUUCGGGAAAACAGCAUGAUUGUAUUUAAUGGAGGAGUAUAUCUGUAAAACUAGAUUAUUGCAUGAAAGUAAGACAUUUCUCCUUACUAAUUUUCUGCACCAAUACUAUUCAUCAUCUAAGGUCAUAUUCCAUAUGUUGACCGUAGAUGCUGGAAUGAAUGAUUACAAUAUCAUGUGAUUGUCUCUGGACAAUGAAAAUGGUCAUUGACCAUUUAUUAUGUGAUACUAACAUACAAUGUUUUUGUUCCUUCAGAUAGUGUAUGACUGUGACCAGUGCAGUUUUGAAACAACAACCUGGUGUGUGUGUAGCCUGUGUUCUUUCUUGCAUGCCAUGUAGGUUUUGAGGAUACAACUGUAUGAUACUGAGAAUCUUGAACCACUACCUAGGGGGGGGGGGGGGGGG